AUGGAGACCCUCGGGAAGACUACAAAAAGACCGACCAAAGUUGAAGAAAUGACUAAAGAGCAAAUACGUCAGGCCAUUAUAAAAAAACGCGAGUGUAAUGCGAAAGCACAGAAUAUUGUAGAAAGUCUACUCGAAAAUAGUGUUAAUGAGGACUAUUUUCUGAAAUGCCUCCCCGAUAUUAAUGAAUCACACUUUGAAGAUGUCAUAGAAGAAAGGUCCAUUUUGCAUCUUUGUGGUUAUCCAUUAUGUCAAAAGACAUUGUCUGAGAAAGAUAUACCUAAGCAAAAGUAUAAAAUAUCCAUAAAAACGAAUAAAGUGUAUGAUAUUACAGUAAGGAAAUGCUUUUGCAGUAAUAUUUGUUAUAAAUCUGCAAUGUAUGUAAAGAAACAAAUGUUAUCCAGCCCCUUAUGGUUUAGAGAGUAUGAAGAAAUACCCAAAUUUCAUCUUUUACCUUUUGAUUCCUUAGGUAGUUUAGGUCAAGAAGUAGACUUAGGUUUACCAGAAAAGAUCACCUUGAAAUCUGAAAAGCAAUCUUUUACUUCAAUUAAUGAUUUUACCAGUGCCACUCUUCAUGAGAUAGAUAAUUUUCAGAAUACAAAGGAUAAUAAUGCAGAUAUUAAUAGAAAUAGCUCAGAAUUUGAUCAUAAAUCAGCUGAAUUAGACUCAAAUACCGUUCAAGAUAAUAAAAAAUCAUGUAAUAAAACUAAAGAAAAUAUGCAAAGUAAUUUUUUAACCCAAGAAACUGAGAAAAUACAAACUAAUAUUCCUAUACAAGCUGGCAAUAUUGCUAUACAAAAGAAAGAAACGCAAGUGAAAGCAAAUCCUUUAAACAUAGUUGGAGAAAUUGUUGAAAAACCAGAGAAAAAAAUUGAUCCUAUUCUUUUGAACUUGCCACCUAAAUUAAGCCGCAUGGAAAAUGGACAAGUAACUAAUAUUAAUGAAAAACAUAAAACACAACAGAAGAAAGAAGCUUCUGUAACAGCAAUAACUGCUGAAGUUGAAAAAUGUUUAGCAGAAUGGUUCACUAUAGACACACUUUUGUUUCUUUUUGGUGAAGAAAAAGUUAAAGAAAUGGUUACAGAUAAGGGGCAAUGUAUAAAAAAGUACCUUCAUAACUAUUCCAAAAGCAUUUUCUAUAAUUCAAACACAUAUGACCAAUAUCAGGCCCUAUGUCGUAAAUUGAACAUGCUUGAAUUAGAGGACAGGAAUUAUGAUACACAAACACUGACUAGGGAGAUGAAACCUUUACCAGAUUAUUCAAUACUAAAAGAAGAAAGCAAAAAAUUGCAACUUAAAGUAAGAGCAUUCCUUACUGGGGAAACUGACAUUCCUGAGGUUAAACAUACAGAAACGGAAGUCACAAAUGACGAGGAAUAUAAAACACAAUUACCAUUAGUCGAUAAAAAUGCACAAAAUGCUCUACGACGUAAAAUAGUGUGUCAGCAUUUAAAUAAAGUGUUACCAGAUAUGUUAAAAUCAUUAGGACUAUUGACAUUGACUGUAAGCUCGGAUAUCAGAUUACUCGUUAAUACUUUCAAAUUAAAAGCCAAUAAUAUAAUGUUUAAACCAAUUCAAUGGAUGUUUAUUGCUAUAGUAUUUAUAAAGCUACUUUCCAUACGAGACCACAAAUUAGAGUAUUUGCUAGGACAGCCAACUGCAUUUCAACACAUGCAAUUAUUACUGUUAAGUUACAAACAAGAUGGAGGCUAUUUGGAAAGAUUGAUUUCAUGGCUUACAGAUGUAGACAGAUUGUUAGAUAGUAAAGAUACUCAGUUAACUAUUGAG